GGAAAUCUGCGGUGGUUUGGACGGUGAUUUCUGCAGCCCUAGUGUGUUGGCAGGCCGUUCUGAAAUGAUGCAAGUAAAAAGAAUUUGAAAACCUAAGGAGAACAGCUCCGAAGACCUACGGGUCGCUCCAUCAGUUGCGAUGGAAAGGAACGGAGACAAAGUAGGAGACCUAAAGUCUAGGACAUCAAGAUGGCAACACACACACAUGGUCAGCACAGUCUUUCUCUAGGAGAUGCAAACCUCACAAGAUCAAUGGUCAUCGAAAUGAUAGAAAAAAAAUUUGAGUAUCUCAGAAAAGAAAAGGCUUUAAAUAUAUAUGGGACAAUGAUGAUUGGAACAACAGCUAGUUUUUCUGGACUGCUGGCAAACUUCAUUUUUAGACACUGCUUCAGGGUUAACCAGGAUGCUUUGAAGACAUACGCAUCAUUGACUGCACUUCCAUUUUUGUCUACUGUAGUUGCUUAUAAGCUCCUUGUCACGGAUGCUUUGUAUUCAGGUAAUAUAACUCAGGAAAGCUGUGCUCUGAGAAGUACACUGGUUAGCAUAGCGUGUGGUGUUUUGUAUCCCAGCGCUUUGGCUUUUUCUAAAAAUGGACGUCUGGCAGUGAAGUAUCAUACUGUUCCACUGCCACCAAAAGGAAGAGUUCUACUUUACUGGGUGAUGCUUUUUCAAACAGAGGUAAAAGGAAUGCUAAUUCCUCUAGCCUUUCAGGCGGCCCUUGGAAUGUAUAAUGGUAUACAACAUUAUGCAAUAUUUGAAAGUACAUUAGAGAAAACUGUACAUGAAGAUUAACCAAAGAAUGAAUGGAUUUUUUAUGGUGAGGACUCAGGUAUUGCUGAAAGAGUUCAAAGUAACUCUGGACAAUUUGUUUCUUUUCUUUUUGCCUAGUAUAUACAGAUUCUCAGUAAAUAUUCAGUAAUUCAAUAAAUAAGUGCAAGUUUUGUCUUUC